GUCAGAACAGGACAGUGACAAUAAUGUGGCUCGCUAUAGGUAUAAUAUGUGCCACUCUCGUUAUAUUUCUCGUGAAAUAUGUCUUCACCAUCUCUGGACCAAAUCCUUUUGGUGUGGAUAGUCGUGAGCCAUUGAAACCAAUAGUUCAUGAUCAGAAACUGAAAAAUAAGACGCUCAAGCAAGGUUUUGUGGCCAGUAAAGUACCAGAGAAUGUAGAUGCUAUUGUCAUUGGCAGUGGAAUCGGUGGGCUUGGAUUAGCCGUCCUGCUCUCUAAGGUCGGGAAGAAAGUUCUGGUUCUGGAGCAACAUGAUCGGGCAGGGGGCUGCUGUCACACAUUCACUGAGAAGGGCUUUGAAUUCGAUGUUGGAAUCCACUACAUUGGAGACCUACUAGAUUACAAGCCCUUUCGCUGCAUGCUGGACCAGUUGACCAAUGGACAACUACAAUGGGAGCCUCUGGAGAAUCCCUUUGACCAGGUAGUGUUGGGCCCGCCUGAUAACAGGCGGGUCUACCCCAUCUACAGCGGUAGAACCCGCUUCCCCGAGGAGCUAAAGAAGUGCUUCCCUGGAGAGGAGAAGGCCAUUGAUGAAUACAUGAAGCUGGUCAAGAAAGCUGCGCGUGGUGUUUGGCUCCUGGCGAUGCUGAAGCUCUGCCCCGCCCCCUUGGCCAAGUUCCUGGUCUACUCCGGCCUGGCCAAUCGCCUCUCUUUCUUCUUCAAAAUUGCAUCCCGCAGCUUGACAGAUGUUGUCAAUGAGCUUACGUGGAAUAAAGACCUCAGGGCAGUCUUCACCUACAUCUUUGGCACAUAUGGCAACAUGCCCAAGGAUACCAGUUUCUCCAUGCACAGUUUGCUGGUUAGCCACUAUCUGAAUGGUGCCUGGUACCCUAAGGGUGGAGCCAGUGAAAUUGCCUACCACAUGAUCCCCAUCAUUGAGAAGGCUGGGGGUGCCGUUCUAGUUCGUGCCCCAGUCAACCGCAUCUUGUUCAACGAUGCCAAGGAGGCAUAUGGUGUGAGUGUGAUGAAGGGCCAAGAGGAAAUCCAUAUUCAUAGCCCUAUGGUUAUCUCUGAUGCCGGCAUUUUCAACACUUACCAGAAACUGCUACCCAAAGAGCUCCAGGCCAUGCCAGCCAUCCAGAAUCAAUUGAGGCUAAUGAAGCAUGGUGAAGGUGGCCUGAGUAUUUUUCUGGGUCUGAAUGGAACAAAGGAGGAGCUGGGCCUCAAAGCAGACAACUACUGGAUCUUUACCGAAAACAAUUUUGAUGAACUGGUGGAAAAGUAUUUAAAGGGUAAAAGGGAGGAGUCAGCUCAAAAUGUACCUCUCCUUUUUGUGGCUUCUCCAUCAGCUAAAGACCCCACAUGGGAGGAACGAUCACCAGGCUUGUCCACACUCAGUCUGGUCAGCUUUGCCAACUACAAGUGGUUUGAAGAGUGGAAGGAUGCUAAAGUGACCAAUAGAGGUCCUGACUACAAAGAGCUGAAACAGAUAUUCAUUGACUCUAUUCUGGAAGUGGUGAUGGAUGUCUUCCCCAAAAUUACCAGGGAUAAGAUUGAGUACAUUGAUGCUGGAACACCCAUCACAAACACCCACUACAUUGGAGCCCCCAAAGGUGAGAUCUACGGAGCUGACCAUGGUAUUGAACGCUUCAGUGCUGAACUCAAUGCUACUGUGAGACCGCAGACUCCACUGAAGAACCUCUACCUCACAGGCCAGGAUGUGUUUGUGUGCGGCUUUGCUGGUGCUCUUGCCGGGGCUCUGAGCUGUGGCUCAGUCAUUCUGAACCGCAACCUACAUCAAGAUGCCAUUACAUUGGCCAAGGAACUAAGAUUUUUUAAUUCCAAAAAGAAGGAGGAGUAACUACACACAGGAUACUACAACUAACUGACUAACUCUUAUAUAAUGAAGUUAAACAAUGUGGAGGCUUCAGUUUACCAAACUACUCCUGAACAAAAUUUAAAGGUACAUUACACAUAUACACAAGAGUAUGUUCUCACUGUGUUUUCUCAUCCAUAAAAUAAGACCACAGUCUCCAACUAUCUCAGACUGAGCUACCAGUACACAGCACAUUAGAGGAAAGUUGAACAUACUAUGCAAAGCCAUUUAAACAAGGGGUUGUCCAAAAUUAUUUUCAACCACUAUCUUUUUUUUUGUAACCCUAUAAUUACGCAUUGUAAGAUAUACAAUUUUAAAAGUGUCUGCACUAAAGUGUUAUUCUUUGACAGUCAGCACUUAUUUAUCAGAGCUUGCAUGAUAUUAAAUGGUGAAAUUGCAUUUGUGAGUCACUGAUAUCAUGGAAUUUGCAAACAAUUAAUCUUGUACCAUGGUGUUUUUCACUGUGCACAGUGAUGUGCAAUGUGAUUGGUUUUACAAAUUUUGUGGGGUUUUUUUCCCUAUUAUCUAACACUACAAAUACAAAUUUUG